GCGGCAGUUCGGUGGGGGCGCGGCGUGAGCGGCGUCGCCAAAGCAGGAGCGCGGCGUCUCCAAGGGAGCGACACGGUGGGGCCGUGCGGAGGGGCGGUUCGUCCAGCGGUGGCAGCGGCACGAUGAGCCUGGCCCUGAGGAAUGAACUCUCAGUAGACAAAACUAAAAAGAAGAAAAGAAGAGAACUGACUGAGGAACAGAAGCAAGAAAUCAAAGAUGCCUUUGAAUUGUUUGAUACAGACAGAGAUAGAGCAAUAAAUUAUCAUGAAUUAAAGGUGGCAAUGAGAGCCUUGGGUUUUGAUGUUAAAAAAGCUGAUGUCCUGAGAAUACUUAAAGAUUAUGAUCGAGAAUCAACAGGCAAGAUCACCUUUGAAGAUUUUAAUGAAGUUGUGACAGAUUGGAUAUUGGACAGAGACCCACAAGAAGAAAUACUCAAGGCAUUCAAAUUGUUUGAUGAUGAUGACUCUGGUAAAAUAAGUCUCAGAAACCUGCGCCGAGUUGCUAGAGAACUGGGUGAAAAUAUGUCUGAUGAAGAGCUACGGGCUAUGAUUGAAGAAUUUGAUAAGGAUGGAGAUGGAGAAAUCAAUCAAGAAGAAUUUAUUGCUAUUAUGACUGGAGAUAUUUAACAUGAGAACAAAAGAAAUUAACUCAGCACAAAAGGAGGAGUUGUUGGAGGUUCCAUUACAAUGUUUUGUACUUUCAUUCAUUUCAGGAGCUGGAGUGAUGCCAAAAGUUACCUUUGUCACUGGACCAAAAUAAAAAUGGGUUACAUACACUGAUAA